AUGUCACCUCCCCGGCUCCAUCGGGGGUGUUCCGAGUUUUUCAAUCAGUCGGUCCGGCUCAGCAACCUCGAGUUCCUGCAUGUACCCUCGCGCGAGACUGUCGUCCAGGAGUUGCUCCAGGAGUACGGCCUGGAGCCGUCCUUUCCGCCCGAAGUGGAACUCGAAGCCCAAGAUCUCGCGAGGGCUCCCAGGAGUGGCAUGGAGGACCCAGGACUGGAAGACCGGACGUCCUGGCCCUAUGUGACCAUUGACGGCCCCUACACCCGCGAUCUGGACCAGGCCAUCUUCAUCAAGCCAUUGGGGGAUGGAUACUUGGUGUCUUAUGCUUUGGCAGACGGCUGUUUCUACAUGCCCCAGCACAGCCUUCUCUUCAAGCAGGCCUUGGAACACCGACAUGGCUCAAGCUUCUACCUCCCCAGGUGUUGCGUUCCAAUGCUGCCAAGGGUGCUCUCUGAAGAUGCGAUGUCUCUCAAUGAGAAAGUAGUACGCAGAGCGCUUUGCAUGGAAAUGGAAUUGGACUCCCGGGGCAAGGUCACCAAUACACGGGCUGUUCGUGGGAAGAUAUGCAGUCAAGCCAAACUGACCUUCCAGGGCGUCGAGAACUUCUUGGACGGAAAGGCUCCCGAGUGCCACGAGUUUGCAGGCAGGCCAUUUGCCGAGACGCUGCAGCUGCUGCGCACGGUGGGCAACUUGCGCCGAUCUCUUGCCCGGGAGCGAAAUGUUGUCGAAUAUAAGCGGCAUCGGAAUGACGUCAGCAUCAACGACGAUGGCUCCAUCAUGGUGGUGAGAGAAGAGCAGCUUCGAACCGAGCUCUACAACGAGCAGAUCUCGCUGAUGGUGAACAUCGAGGGAGCCGAGCUGCUCAAGAGAUACUCCUCGGAGGCCCAGAAUCUGAAGAUCGAGCCGAUCUUCCGUGCCCAGAAUGCACCCACAGACAAGACGCUGGACUGCCUCACCACCUUUAUCAACGACUUGAUCCGGGUCCAUGGCUUAGACCCCGUUGUUUGGAGGUGGAGUCGAGAUGGGGAGGAGACCUUGGCAACGUACCUCAAGCGCUUGUGGUACUAUACCGAGGAGGACUCGGACUUGCAUUGUGUUUUCAUGGCAAUCAACCGUCGGGCCAUGAUGAGCAACAAGCCUGCAAAGUUCCAGGCUGAGCUCGGCCUUCACGAGUCCCUCCAGGCCAUCUACGCACGGUUCUCAUCCCCGAUGCGGGAGCUUGUGGGAUGCUUCACCCACUGUGAACUGGGUCAGGCUAUGGGGUGGAUCCCUGCAGCGGAUGACAGCAAGCUACGGGACCGGGUGAUCCAAGUUGGAAAUGAGGCCAAAACGAAGCAGAAAAAGAUCUCCAGAGACCUGGAGGAGGCAGCAUUGCGAGCCCUUUGCGUUCCCGAGCUCCGCAAGCCCCGAGCAGAGCGCCCAAUCUGGAUUGGAGUCAUCCUGGGCGUCGGGGCCAAAAAGCAGGGACAGCACGCAUACAUAGAGCUAUCAGACCCGCCCAUGGAGGUGAAGGUCUACCUGCGAUUGCGGGGCUGCCCACAGCAGUAUAAGGUAAAGGAAGGUGUCACCUUGCUGCCAGCCGAGAUCGACGCACGAAGCUGGCGGGUUGGUGAGCGCGUGGGCUUGCGCGUCACGAAGAUGCUCCCCCCCAAAGAUGCCAAGGGUUCCGAGGAGGCCCCCACAUCACCCACGUCGGGCGCCCAGAAGGGCUCAAAGUUCCUGUUCGAGUUCCUGGAGCCGGCUCCUGCUGCGAGGUACGCCGAGCAAAGUCACAAGAUGUGGGCGGAAGUCCACCUGGGCUCUGGCGCCGGCUUGCUUUAA